AUGGCAGUUGACAUGGAUGUGGAAGAAUUGUCUAUCAUGGGAGAUUCUGAUUUGAUCAUUCGGCAAGGCCAGGGUGAAUGGGAAACUCGAGACAUCAAGCUUAUCCCAUACAGGAAACAUGUGGAAGAUCUUAGCAAACGGUUCAAGUCCGUUGUAUUCAGGUAUAUUCCUCGAUUCCACAAUGAGUCAGCCGAUGCACUAGCUGCCUUGGCUGCAAUGCUGCCGUAUCCGGGCAAUGUCCAUAUUGACCUGUUGGAGAUCCAAAUUCGAGAAAGACAUGGUUGUUGUAGUGCAGUUGAAAUAGAACCAGAUGUUCAACCGUGGUACCAUGAUAUCAAAAGGGUUUUGAAAACAAAGGAAUACCCCGAGCAGGCCAGUGGAGACCAAAAGAGGAUCAUUAGAAGGCUUGCCAGCAGUUUCUUUUUAAGCGGAGAAUUUUGUACAAAAGAACUCCAGAUCUGA